UGUAUAAAAUGAAUGUUUAUAUUUUGAUUGCAUAAGGAGAAUAACAAAAAAAUGAAAAUCUACUCCUUACAAAAUGUGAACAUAAGUAAAUACAUGCUAAGGACAUAUUUAUGUUAUACAGUAUUAAAUUAUGUUAAUCUGUAACGUAAUUUCAAUCUUUGUCUAGGCUGAACAGAAAUCUGUACAACAUUAUUGACAAAUCAGUCUAGCUCAGACCGACUAAUGAAUUCAACUGUUAAAAUACUUCAAUCUUCACAAAUCCUCAUACUGAUGAAUCAUUAAAUGUAAUGAGUUACAGAAUUGGCGAUUAUCUUGAAAAAGAAUCUCGUGUAUUUGAACAAAAAUGGUCACACCCAACUCAAAUUUUUAAGAUAAAUCUAUGUACCACCGUUUACAUUUCACAAGUCACUGACAUCAUUGUAUAACUUUUACAUAUUUUACGUAAAUGAAAUGAUGUUUACAAUGUCACUUAGGAACAGAUUUCCAUCAUGAAUGAAAAUUAUUAUUAACUGAAUAUACAAUGUUAUUUAUUGUCUUUGAUUCAUAUUAAAAUUUGUAAAUUUAUUUAAAACCACAGAGAAAUAUGUUUUAUUAAAUACACGGACAUUGUUAUAUAAUCCUACUUCUUUUCUCUCUUAUUUUGUGCAUUUUAACUCCCAUUUGUCAGAGUAAUGCAACCUUGAAUCAGUUCGAUCGUAUAAAAACACUUGGUACAGGAUCAUUUGGUCGUGUCAUGUUAGUGAAAGAUAAAAAGACACAGAUGUAUUAUGCAAUGAAAAUUCUAGAAAAACAAAAAGUUGUCAAACUCAAACAAGUAGAACAUACAUUGAAUGAGAAAAAAAUUUUACAAGCAAUCAAUUUUCCUUUUCUUGUCAGUAUGGAUUUUAGUUUUAAAGAUAAUUCAAAUUUGUAUAUGGUACUUGAGUUUGUCAGUGGAGGUGAAAUGUUUUCCUAUUUAAGAAGAGUUGGGAAAUUCAGUGAAGAAGAUUCACGUUUCUAUGCAAGUCAAGUUGUACUGGCAUUUGAAUAUCUGCAUUCUUUUGAUUUAAUCUACAGGGAUUUAAAACCUGAGAAUUUAUUGAUUGCUAGUGAUGGUUAUUUAAAAGUUACCGACUUUGGAUUUGCCAAAAAAAUCAAAGGACGAACAUGGACAUUAUGUGGAACACCAGAAUAUCUUGCCCCCGAAAUUAUUCUAAGCAAAGGCUACAAUAAAGCUGUGGAUUGGUGGGCACUCGGUAUUUUGAUCUAUGAAAUGGCUUGUGGAUAUCCACCAUUUUUCGCAGAUCAACCUAUAGAAAUUUAUGAGAAAAUUGUUGCUGGUAAAAAUAAAGUAUCACAUUCUUUCUAUCGUCACUCGGAUGACCAAUAAUAGCAAGACUAUAAUUUAUGGAUGGACCAAUUAAAUAUAAAAUCACGUCUCGAAUUUUGCCGCGAAAUUCACCCAUUCAUUUGGCUAAAUAGAGUUUUGGCAAUAUAGCUGAUGUCAGUUUGUGAUGAAAACCCUAGAUCUAAUACCUAACCUCAACCAUCAACUGUAAAUCAUAAUUCUAAUUCCCCACACUGGUUUAUAACCCUCUUUUGAUCCUAGUUAUUAGAUAGACACUCUCAAGGUCAGUUUAGCGUCGCUUAAA